AUGGGCGGCAUCGGCCCCAACGUGCUGAUGGUGCACAAGCGCAGCCACACCGGAGAACGGCCCUUCCAGUGCCAGCAGUGCGGCGCGUCCUUCACGCAGAAGGGGAACCUGCUGCGCCACAUCAAGCUGCACUCGGGGGAGAAGCCCUUCAAGUGUCCCUUCUGCUCCUACGCCUGCCGGCGCCGCGACGCCCUCAGCGGCCACCUGCGCACCCAUUCCGUCUCCUCGCCCGUGGUGGGGAAGCCGCACAAGUGCAGCUCCUGCGGCCGCAGCUACAAGCAGCAGAGCAGCCUGGAGGAGCACCGGGAGCGCUGCCACGGGCACCGGCACCGCCGCAGCCCCGCGCCCGCAGGAGAGGAAAUCCGGGAGCUGGACAUGGUGCCCGAGGCGUUGCUUCAUCCUGAGCGCCCCACCUUCAUCGAGCGUUUGGCAGGCAGCUUUACUAAAAGGAAACGAUCCACGCCUCAGAAAUUUGUGGGUGAGAAGCAGAUGCGCUUCGCCCUCUCGGAGCUGCCCUUCGAUGUCAGCCCCGCGUUCGACAAGGACGUGGAGGUGCUCCCGUCCCGCGGCCACUCCCUGGAGCCGCCCUACGCCGGGCCGCUCUCGCUGCUGGGCUCCGCCGACCCUCUCCGCCCGCUCCGCCUGGCCACCAACUGCAUCACCGAGGUCACGCCGGUCAUCAGCUCCGUCUACACCCAAAUCCAAGCCCUGCCCGCCCGCCUCGAGCUGCCGCGGGGCCGCGGCGACUCCUCGGAGGACGGCGCCGAAGGAAUCCCGGUGAUUUUCCGCAGCUCGGCCGGCGGGGCGUCCCCGUCCAACGGCUGCCACGACUCCACGGACACCGACAGCACCCAGGAGGAGCGAGCGGGCGGCGGCAGCAGCCGCCACAGCCCCGCCUAUGCCAAGGAGGAGCCCAAGGAGGAUCCCGACGGAGCGGCGAGGUGUUUCCCCAAGGAAUCGCUGCGGGUGCUCAACGAGGAGGGCGAGCAGCUGCGGGCGUUCUGCUGCGAGCACUGCCGCGUGCUCUUCCUGGACCACGUCAUGUUCACCAUCCACAUGGGCUGCCACGGCUUCAGGGACCCUUUCGAGUGCAACAUCUGCGGCUACCGCAGCCAGGACCGCUACGAGUUCUCCUCGCACAUCGUGCGCGGGGAGCACAAGAUCUGAGGUGGGAGACGUCGCCCUUUCCUGCCUCCAAUUUUCUGAUUUUACCCCGGUUUUCCCCUCCUAAAUCGUGCUCAGCAAACACAAAAUGUGAGAUGGGAAAAUUCCCCCUUUUCUUGCCUUCAAUUUUCUGAUUUUACCCCGGUUUUCCCCUCCUAAAUUGUGCUCAGCAAACACAAAAUGUGAGAUGGGAAAAUUCCCCCUUUCCUGCCUCCAAUUUUCUGAUUUUACCCCGGUUUUCCCCUCAAAUCGUGCUCAGCAAACACAAAUGUGAGAUGGGAAAAUCCCCCCUUUCCUGCCUCAAAUUCCUCAAUUUUCCCCUCCUAAAUCGUGUUCAGCAAACACCAAAUGUGAGAUGGGAAAAUCCUCUUUUCCUGCCUCCAAUUUUCUGAUUUCACCCCAGUUUUCCCUUCAAAUUGUGCUCAGCAAACACAAAUGUGAGAUGGGAAAAUCCCCCUUUUCCUGCCUCAAAUUCCUGAAUUUUCCCUUCCUGCAUUGUACAUGGCAAGCACAAAAUGUGAGAUGGGAAAAUCCCCCUUUUUCUGCCCCCAAUUUUCUGAUCUCACCCCAGUUUUCUCCUCCUAAGUCGUGCACAGCAAACUCAAAAUGUGAGAUGGGAAAAUCCCCUUUUUCCUGCCUCCAAUUCCCCAGUUUUCCCCUUCCAAACACAAAAUGUGAGGU